CACAAGCAUUGACGUGUGGUUCUCUUCCGAGUCUCAACUCAUCCGCAGAAUGACAGAGCAAAAUUCGUAGACAAACAAAAGGAAAACCUCAACUUUGACACACCAAAAUCAAAGAUCAAAGAAGAAAAUAGGAGGAAAUUUUUGGCCUAGAGAAACAACUACGAAACAGAGAAAACAACAACAUCGUCGGAAUUUGAGUUGAUUUCCAAAUGAAAGGGACCCGUUUGAUGCAUGGAUUUUUUUUUUUGUUGAUGGCGAUCGGAUGAGGUUCUAAUACUUGUUGGAUCUGAAACCCUGAAACUAGAGCAGAAACAGGUGGGCGAUCUUCUUCUUCAUCCAAACACAGACGUCAUCCAAUAAAAAGAUAUUUUCUCACCUGCAAACAUGCAUGCUAGGCAUAGAAGUCCUGGGAAUGGCUAUAGGUCUAGUUCUUUGGGGAUGGGGCUUGCCGCUUCCCGGAUAUCCCCUGAAACUUCGGGUAGAGGCCAUGGCUUUUACAAUUCAGAGUACCGCAACUUCAAGCGUGGCUUUGGGCGUGGCCAGAGCCACCCAAAAUCCUUUCAAUCACAUCCGCCAACACCACGCAAAGGCACUGACAUAUUUAUGGAAGCAGGCCGGCUUGCUGCAGAAUACUUGGUCUCGCAGGGAUUGUUGCCCCCUAGUGUGCUACCUGCCAAAUGGCAGAAUGGUAGUUUGAAGAAGCAGAUGGGUGAUUAUCAGGAUUAUAGGUCACAAGAGGGUGAUAACUUGCACCUUCCACCAGAUGGCCGCACAUCAGCCCUUGCUCGUCUGGGAAAUUCUACCCCUGAUUUGGGAUUAGGCAGGAGGAGGUACCUUGAUGAUUAUAACCCAACAGGGUCAAGAAAUCUUUCUAAAGGAAGAAGGAAGGAGGGAUCUUAUCGAAGUCAUAGCUCUGAUUGGGGUCGAGAAUAUGGGAGAAGUGGGUCAUGGUCAGAUAGAAUUAGGGGUUCUCCUGAUAUGGAAAUUGAUGAUGAUAAUGUUUCUGGACAUCAUGAAGAGCCACAAGUUGGUAAUGGAUUGCAGAAGCCUGUUUCAAGCGAGUUUGCACCAAAAAGUGAGGAAUUAGAUUACCCAGAAUUUGAUGAUAAGUACAACCUACAGGAUGAAGUGGGCUCAAAGGCAAGUUCCUCUAGUGCCGGGAAAGAUCUAAAGUUGGAGACUGAUGGCGAACCCUUGAAGAGUUCUGGUGAUUCUACAAAUUUUAGCACAGAGGCUGGAGAGCUGAAGGAUGGCAGCAAUAAUGACGAAACUGAGAAGGAGGGUACCAUGAAGGAUUUACCCUACCAGCAUUCUUCUACAGAAGAUGAUCCCUCAGGCAAGACUAGUGCUGAUUUACUGGCACUCUGCAAAUUUGCCAAGGUGCCUACCAAAACGCGUUCUUCCUUGACAUUGAAGAACUUAAAGACUGACUCAGUUUCAUAUAAUGAACAGGAAACCGUUUCUGAUAUUGGAGCUCCCAGUGGUACUCAAAAUGCCCUGAUUAAAGAAAAUUCUUUGGGAGGUUCCUCUGGUGAUAUGCUAAUAAAUAAAAGUCAGGACUCAAAAUGCCCUAAUUCUGAACUUUCUAAAGACUUGUCUGUUCAUUCCUUUGGGGAUGGAGGGGACUUGGAUCACAUCUAUGGUGUUGAGCAGGGUAAGUGUACAAGGUCUCAAUCUUUCCCUGAUAGAGCCCUUUUGCAUGACAGUGAGCAGGAAUUGGUUGAGGGAAUGCUUGGUCUCCAAAGAUCUAGCUCUAUGGUUGUGGUUAAAGAGAAAGGUGAAAAACGAGGUUUGGAGCAAAGGGGCUUGAUGGAGGGAGCCAAAAAACCAAGAGAAUGGCUUCAGCCCGUGACUACCAAGGCUGAGUUCUUGUCCUUUUCUGAUUUUAGUGAUAAGAAAGGAGGUUCACUGGAAGGGACAGCUUCAUCUUCUGAGAAAGUUGGUGUGACUGAUAAUCAAGAGAUCCAAGACAGCUUGGUUAGUAAUACUCAAUUUCCAGAUGGAGAUGGUGAAUCAAGUGUCAAUUAUGCACAAGAAAAGCAGCUUUUUCCAAAUGCAUUCAAGAUCUGUGACCUUAAUCUGAUGGAAGCUUCUGAUAUAAAUGAAAAUCAUCAUAAUGAUCCAAUUAUUAUGUACUCUACUCAUUCAGAAAUUAAGAAUGAAGCAGCAACCAUUGAUAUAGAUUUGUCAAUGAGUAAUUCCAACAGUUCUGGUGGAGGAAAUAGGCAUACAAGUAACUGUAAGGAGAUUGAAGUAAUUGAUCUAGAGAAUGAUUCUAUCCAUGAAGACAAGGCUGUUGAUAAUUUGGAGAGGAAGAGUGAACCAAUUUUUGUGAGCAUGAAUGGUGAUAUGACUGAUGUUUCGGAUCAUUAUGAUGGGCUUAUGAUCACAGAGUUCCUUGGAAAUAUUUCCAGUUGCCCUUCAGAUGAUAUCAAUCCUCAUCCCUUGCAAAAUGAAAACAUUAACCCUCUGCAGACUGAGAACAUCAAUCCUUUGCAGAAUGAGAUGGGCCUUCAUAAUGGAGAGGGAACUCUUGGGUUUGACGACUCCAUAUAUAUGUCACUGGGAGAAAUACCAUUAAGCUUUUUGCCAGCCUGGGAGCAACCACCAGCACAGGAGUACGAAAAGCCCUUCUGAUUCUACAAUUGCUCAAAAUUUGUGACAAAAUACUGCUCAGAAUGUUAACAUUAGUCACUGAGGUUCUUUUUAUUAUCGUUAGUUCCAUCUUUUGAUGUAGUUUAGGUUUGCCAAUGAAUUAUGCUUGUAUAUCUCUGCCGCUGAUAGGAAUUUGAGAGAUGGUGAAUGCUUUUCUUUCAUUUGGCUGCUGCACCCCAUCAUCACAUGAAAGAAAAUUCAUCAUGUUGGUUUCUAAAGCAUCUUACUUGUGCUCCUUUGCUUGAACUGGCCUGAGCUCUAGAGUGAUAUCAAGUAAGCAACUAAAGUUCUAUUUAGUUGAGGAUGCUGCAGAUUGAAAUAAUUUUGAGAGGGCAGUAGUAUGACAUCUCACUUGUCAGAGCGCUCUAAAUGAUGGAUUCAUGGCAAGUGCUACAAAGCUUUGAUGGGCAGUGAUAAUUAAAUGUUGAUUCAAUAUAUUCUGGGCUGUUUAGACAGGAAAAUUUUAAGGUUUUGGACUCUAGCGCUUGAGAGGUUAUUUGAUGCAAUAUGUGUAACAGUACAUAAAAGAUAAAUAAUGUUAUCAGAAGCUGGAUUUAAGAGAAUCCAGAACGUUCAUUGA